UCUUCAGGGCAGUGCUGGGCCGGGCAGCUGCUGCGCUGCGGAAGCGGCGGGCCAAGGUUUGCAAGCUGCAGCCGCAGGAAUUGGGUUUUUGCAAAAGGUUUUUUGUUUUUUUGUUUUUGCAAAAACUGGGUGUUUGGGGAUCCUGAGCCGUCGACAUGCUGCGUCCCAAGGCUUUGACGCAGGUGCUAAGCCAAGCCAACACCGGAGGUGUCCAGAGCACCCUGCUGCUGAACAAUGAAGGGUCGCUCUUGGCCUACUCUGGUUACGGGGAUACCGACGCCCGGGUCACCGCCGCUAUCGCCAGCAACAUAUGGGCCGCCUACGAUCGGAAUGGGAACCAAGCGUUCAAUGAAGACAACCUCAAAUUCAUCCUCAUGGACUGCAUGGAGGGUCGUGUAGCCAUCACACGUGUGGCGAACCUUCUGCUGUGCAUGUAUGCCAAGGAGACAGUUGGCUUCGGGAUGCUCAAGGCAAAGGCUCAGGCUUUGGUGCAGUAUCUGGAGGAGCCACUUACGCAGGUGGCAGCAUCUUGAUGGACAUGGGGGAAACUGGGGAUGAAGUAGAGAUAUGACCCCCUGGGAAACCUCCCUGACUUGGGGUGGACUGGGGGACAUGGAGGUACUUAUGUUUUUGUUAAAGAAUAAAUUAAAAAAAAAUAAUAAAUUCAAACUCCUCCUGUCUUUGAUAUUGACUCAUUUUUGGAAUGGGAGAAAGAACUUGGUAGAAGCCCAUCAGCGGCCUGUUUCUACCUCUUUACCUGUUCUGACCACCCCCACCCCCACCUCUCUGCUCCCUGGUUACAACCUCCAACCACACAAUGGACUACAGUGCUGGAGCUACUUCAGUUCCAGCUGCUUCUGUUCUGUGCCCUCACCUAGGUUCUACCAUACUGAGCAAAAUGCUGCUUUUACCCACAACACUGCAAGACCAUAGUGGGAGAGUCAACAGAACCGGGGAUGGGAGGAGAUGUGGUGAAUGAAGAGAAAAAGAGACUGGAGACCACAUACUAGGUCUGCUUACAUAUGCAAAGCGGGCCUCUGGGGGCAGACAGACACACUCCACAUGAAAGGCCAGCCUCUUGAGCUUCUAGAAGUUUCCAGAUCUUGCAUACAGCUGACUGUUCAAGUCAAGGGUGUUCAAUCCCAGCAUCUCCCGAGCCUGCCAGGAGAGAUUUCUGAGUGCAAAGUCAGGAGUAAUCUCUGGGUACUCCAAGGUAUGGCCCAAAACAACAACAACAAAGUUUCCAGAUCUUUGGCUGUCUCUAUGAAGGUUCUGUUAUCUUUCUGGGCUUAAGAACAUUCUUCCUUCCAAUAAAACUCUUGACCAAG